GAUGAAUGUCAGCAUAGAAGAUGAGCUUUAUCAACGGGCACAGACGCGUAUUAUUGAACGCAUCCUUCCCGUAAUGUUAGUGGUCGGAUCCCUUUUAAUAGUCGGAAUAAUCGGAAAUGUUAUGACUUUGCUAUUUUACAUGAAGAAAACUAAUCGCACCGUUCCGGCCAUACUUAUCAAAUAUUUUGCGGCAGCGGACACAGCUACUUGUACAGUUGGAAUUUCAUUAGUCGCUGGCAAAAUAAUGAAUAUUAGUAACAAUUCACGCAUAUUUUGCAAACUUACACAUUUUCUGGGCGUGUGGGCUACUACCACUUCUCUUUUUCUUUUGUGGAUAAUCUCAAUUGAUAGAUACAGGAAGAUAUGUAGACCGCUUGGAAGCCAGAUUGCGGUUUCUAGUACUAAGAGUAUUGGUAUAUAUAUUGUUAUUUUUUCCUUCUUUUUGGGGGCAAGGCUUUUAGUUACGUACGAUAUUUUUAACGUAACCUUGCCUAACUCAAAUAAGACUAUUCUGACAUACCAAUGUUUGGCCAGCAGUGAUGGGAUUUUAAAACAAAUUGGACAUGUAUUUCAUAUAGUAGAUUUUCUUCAUUAUAUGAUGGUUCUUGUAACCAUAUUUGUUACAUAUCCUAAAAUUAUUUAUGAGCUUAUUAAACACAGGAAGUCGAUGAACAAGUGGAAUAUGGUGAACGUGAGUAGCCUUAAACCCAGAGGAACACAUGACCUCUCCCUUGCAACGAAUGUCAAAGAAACAGAAAACAAAGUUAAUUUUCCAGAUGGAAAGACAUUCAUUACACGUAAAACUAUUGAAGAUGUCAAUAGUGAUGAGAAAAUGACGCACGAAAGAAAUGUUCCUAUAUACUCCGCAUCUCAAGUUUUAUCGACAAGACAAGAGCACCAGACUAACCUUCCAAAGAGGAGUUUCCAAUUUUCAACGGCUAGAACACCGUCUGAAUGGAAUCUUACAAUGAUGAUGUUUACUGUGUCUGCUUUAUUAAUACUAUGUUUCACGCCCAAUGUUUAUCUUAAGCUUAUUGUGAUGUGGGUCAUGAAGAACGACAAAGAACAUGAAUUCGUUCCUGGGAUGCAGUUUGUUUGGAUGCUGCCGUUAUUUAACAGCGUCUUUAAUCCAAUUAUUUACAACAUUUUUAACCCAAAAUUCAGACGUUACAUUGCUUCUGUUAUUAUGAUAUGCCUUAGAUGUGAUUGUCAAAAAUAGCAUGUUAACCACAAUAGCUUUUAUAACUUUGUUUUUAUUUGCAAUUUUAGCAUUUAUUUACUUAUUUUGCAGUGUUUCCCAUUUUAUAUUCAAAACAAAAAUUUUAAGGAUACUAGUAAUCUCCAUUGACAAUUUUGUCAAUAAAUGCCUGAAAACUACUAUGAAAAGUACUAAAGUAUUUGUAUAAGAUAUAUUAUAACCAGCAAUUAGUUAAUAUCUUUCGGCCACUUCAAAUUGUGUGUUUUGAUAAGGACAGAUUUUACUUAGGGCACAAAUACACAAUAAGUGGCAGUCAAAAUAUCAUUCAGCCUGUUUCUCUUGAUUCCUUUUAGACAGUUUUGAGGGGCUUUAUGGCAUAUGUACAAGAUUACAUUUAUAAACAGUACGGCGUUUUCUUCUGCUGACGUUGUAGUCCAUCUUUUUAAGUAUACAAUACACAUAAAUAAGCAUUUGAAAGCUAUAUUCUGCAAAACAUACACAAUGGUAACACUUUAGGAAACUUUAUGAAACUCCGUCCU